AAGGAAGAACAAGACGCGACUUCCGGGAUAACUUUCUCCCUGUUUGCUCAGUACUUCCAAUUUACUCGGUACUGGAACAAAGACAAUUUUUACAUGAUGUUCAAAAUAUUUUCAUACUUACGCUACACAGCCUGUUGAUUUCGAAAAGAGGCAUUUCCGCAUUACUCCGCACACAGAACAGAAUCCACGAUAACCGCGCUACCGGAUCUCUCGGGAAUUUCAGUUCUGGAUAAUAUGUUUGAUUUCGUCUGCCAAAUAAUGCCUGCACUUCAUAAUUACAGACGGAUGUUAUAGAAAGAAAGCGGUAUCUCGAGAAAACAAAAAAAUCAACACGGUUAACAAUCGUCGUUUUAUGUUUGAUAUCACAAUAUGACAACACUUCCAAGCAGCCCUUUGGUACUUUUAGUUUCCAAGCCGAAGGUUUGCCUAUGUCACUUUCGUCCAAUCACGAGCUGGUUCAGAAUUGGUUCAAAAACAGAAGACAGAGCUGGCGGAUCCUAUCCUAGGGUAAAACUAUUUGUUGACAAAUCUAGUCGACCAACCACAUCAAAAUAGGUCGACAUUCAUACAUGCUGCUUUGGUGGAAUAUUUUGAAUAUUUUUGUUCUACAGUUUCAAUUAGACUGUUUUGUUUAACAUACAAAAUGAUAUCAAAAGCUAAAUCAGGUCAGUGUCGAAUGCACAAUGUUCAGUUUUACAAUCUGCUACCUCGUGGAAUCAAUUGUAUGGCGGCAAAUGAAACCAGCUGUAAACUAGCACUCGCCAGGGAUGACGGAACUAUUGAAAUAUGGAACCUUGCGGGAGCUCCGUUUCUAGAAAAAUCGAUUCCAGGAUACGAAAAAAUAUCGGUCGAAGCUUUGGCCUGGGUCGGUGAAAGGCUGUUUUCCGUUGGGCUCGCCGGAACGUUGAUUGAAUGGGAUCUACGCCAGCUCACGAUUAAGAACACAAUUCUACUGACCGGUAAUGCUGCGUGGUGCUUGGAUGUUAGUAAGGACGAGCGAAGACUGGCUGUUGGCACCGAGGGUGGAUAUAUCAAUGUGUACAACGUUGAAAACGAUGAGAUUCAGUACGAGAAGAUUUUGGAUAAACAGGAGGGAAGGAUCGUUUGCGUUCGGUUUGAUUAUAGCGGGGAUUUUUUGGUGACCGGUUCAGCCGAUGCGGUACGAGUGUGGAAUCUGAAGAAGGGACAUGCGAUUCACAAGAUGACAACGGGUCGCUCGCACCGUGAUAACGAAACUAUUGUUUGGGAUGUGUUGGUUCUGAAGGAUUUCACCAUUGUUUCCGGGGAUUCUCGAGGAAAGAUCAUGUUUUUUGAUGGUAACAUGGGGACUGUUAUCGAUAGCAUUGCGGCAUCGAAGGUUGAUAUUCUAAGUUUAACCACCGAUAGUGAAGAGAAGAUUCUCUAUGUAGCAGGAGUGGAACCGAACAUAAAACUGUAUCAAAGGGUUGAAGUUACCAAGGCAAAUGAGAAGAUCAAAAGCUACGUCCGGACAUUAAACAGAAAAUAUCACACUCACGACAUCAAAUCGUUGGUCAUGUACCGAAACAAGUUGGUAUCGGGUGGAAUCGAUGGUUCAUUAGUUAUUAGUUCGUUCCCUCCUUUUGUCAAAGACAAAUACCAACCGUUUCUAGAGGCGCCCAGUUCAAUGUUGGCUCAGGGAAGUCGAAUGAUCCUGCUGAAAUACGUUAACUAUUUGGAACUGUGGUUGCUAAGUUCUGUUUCGGUGGAAAGUAAAAAAAUUCUACAGAUAAGAAGUAAAUUGGACGAACACAUCAUUGCUGCCGAUAUUUCACACGAUGGAAAAUGGAUCAUUUAUUCAACUGAAGGAACAAUUCGUCUGUUUCGAUUUGAGUAUCGCAGCGAUGGAGAAUCCAGGCUUAUCCCGGUACGAGCUGUUCCAGAACAGUUUGAACCAAGCUACCGAGUACAGUUCACUCACGAUUCUAAGGGUGUUUUCCUAUUCAAACGAGGCGAAGUGAUGGAAUAUUUUGCCUUCAACGAUCAGGACGAUUUCGAUCACAAGCAAACGAUUGAAACGGCCAAGUGGUUCACUGACAAAAUCCAUCUAGUGGCAAUUUCGCAGGACGACGGAUUUCUGGUCUGUGCAAGCUUAUGCUGUGCGAUGUUGGUCUUCAAACGGGAAAAAUUUGGCCGCUGGAAACGGCUUACAAAUUUACCGAAAUACAAAUUUCCUCCGACGGCGAUUGCGAUCCAACCGAAUUCGCCCAUACUGGCAGCGGUUUUUCCUGAUCACAAAAUCUUCCAUUACGAUUUUAGCGAGUAUAAGUUUACCUUUUCAUCUUAUCUGAAGCUGGACUUGAUGGAAUGUUCACUGAACAAGAUAAUCAAUGGCAUUGUGUUCGAUCCGCGAAAUGACGACGUGAUGAUUCUGCAACAGGAUUCUAAUAUGUUGGUACUGCAGUUUGAGGAUGAUAGCGAAGGGCAUACAGAACGAAAGAGGAAAAAUUCCGGAAAAGCUAGCAUCGAUGAUGACGAGAAAAAUAUAACCAAGCGCUACAGUUUGACGGUGCUGAAGAAGUUCACUCGAUUGGUGAACAUUUUCUGGCUAGGGACCGACGAAAUGGUCGCUGUGCAAGCUAAUCCUCUUUCGAUGGUGGAGCACUUACCUCCGGCCUACCGGAUGAAGGUGUACGGAACGGCGUAGCCAAUAAAUUGGAUAUUAAUUGUAACUUAACAAGGAAUUUCCUCAAAAAAAUACACAAAUUAAAAAGGCCAAGCUUCAAU